GUCCCAGAAAAACCCUCGUUCAUAGAGCUCUGGGCACGCAUUUCCAGGACCCAAGGACGAAGCGCUCGAAUCGUAUUGGCCUGGUCUACAUUGUAUGUUGUGUACAACAUUGUAUGUCAAGCUGAUGGGGAGACUGUCAUGUUGUAGAGACGAUCAGUCAGUUCUGGGGCGCCCCAGGGAGCUAUAUUUAGCAGUGAACAGAGCGAUGGGGCGAAGGAGGAAAAAGAACAGCCUGACUCGUGUCACACAAACGCUGCCGCUGACGCGUUGCAAAGCACAAAUUAAUUGAAGCAGACAGUCACAUGAUCUCGCGUCUGGGCGCGUUCCAACGCGUCAGCACGUGCAGCGCGUUUCGCGCCUCUCGCAGGCGCCAGAUUCAACGUCAAGAUGUCUCCAUGGUACGGGCCAUUGGCUAUAGACAUCGACAACGAAACGCCCCCCCACCUAGGUAUUUGAAAUGGACUUCAUCGAUGAUGAAGCUGAUGCCAGCUCUUCCGACCACGUUCUUGUCCCCAGUUCGCAGACCGAUGACAAUCCACGGUCCGGCAAGCGGCGGCGCCUGAAAGGCCGACGGCCCAGUUCCUCAGACGAGGAAGAUUAUGACUUGCCUCCUAAUCCAUCCGCUGAGGAUGUUGACGUUGAAGCCGAGGAAGGGGAAAGGUCGAACAAAAAGUCAAAAUACGAAGAUCGCAUCCAUGUACCUUUAUGUGCUGACCGCCCUGUGGACACCUUCGUGACUCAGUUAACUCAGCAAUGGUCCAGUCCUUCAAGGAUCAGAGGUCCGCGCUGGGUGAAACCUCGUCAAGGGAUCAAUGCAACGCCAUCAAAGCCGAAAGCCCAUGAUAAAGCCCCGAUUCAACCGGUAACAACAUCCUUUCUGGACGAGGAUUUCGACAAUGGUGAGGAUGACGACGACAUUGCAUUACUUGAGGCCAUCGAGGCAGCGGAGAACGCUCCACAGGACACCGAACAGGGUGGAACCAUUGUUAACCCUUCUCGCAGUGCAGGAGGUCGUGUCCCACGUGCUCCUAUACAACGAGCCUCGUCUUUUCGCCAGACCACGUUACAUGGCAUUCAUACCACUCAACAGGAGCCGUCCAGAACACAAUCCCAGAGCGCAAAUAGGGUGCAUAACUGGCCCCUAGCUAACAAAAACGAGCCUCCUACUCAUCAUCAAAUCAGUCGAAGUGCCAUGCGCACCUGGGUGUACCCGACCAACCUUGGCAAAAUCCGGGAUUAUCAGUACAAUAUUGUCCACAAGGGACUUUUCCACAAUCUUCUCGUGGCCCUGCCUACGGGCCUGGGGAAGACGUUCAUCGCCGCCACGAUCAUGUUGAACUGGUUUAGGUGGACCGAAAACGCGCAGAUGGUUUUUGUCGCCCCGACCAAACCGCUCGUGUCUCAACAAGUUGACGCGUGUUUCCACAUUGCGGGUAUUCCACGAUCACAGACCACGAUGCUAACAGGUGAAGUUCCACCGGCGAUCCGAGCAGAGGAAUGGCAAGAGAAGCGAGUGUUCUUCAUGACGCCCCAGACCUUGAUCAAUGACUUGAAGAACGGCAUGUGUGACCCGAAGAAAAUUGUCCUCAUCGUGGUGGACGAGGCACACAAAGCGACGGGAAAUUAUGCCUACGUCGAAGUCGUCAAGUUCUUGAGAAGAUUCAAUCAGAGUUUCCGUGUGUUGGCGUUGACAGCAACCCCAGGGGCCACGGUAGAGGCAGUACAAGAAGUGAUCAACGGUCUUGGAAUCGCUAGAGUCGAGAUCAGGACAGAAGAUUCAUUGGACAUUCGCGAAUUCGUGCACUCUCGAGACAUUGAAACGGAAAUCUUCGAGAAUUCGGAUGAGAUAGCAAUGUCUCUUGAGCUGUUUUGCGCAGCCGUUCGACCUCUAAUGGGAGAACUGAACUCUCAAAACGCUUACUGGGGCAAGGAUCCUAGUAUGAUCACACUCUAUGGUCUCAAGAAAGCCAGCGACCAAUGGAGACUUUCGGAGGCCGGCCGACGGGCACCGGCCGGUCUCAAAUGGAAGAUGCAAGGGAUCUUUGCCGUCCUUAUGAGCUUGGCCCAUAACCUCGAGCUCCUGAAAUACCACGGCAUCGGACCUUUUUACCACAAGAUGAAGGCCUUCGCCGACGAAGCUGCCGGAGGAAAAGGGAAGUACGCCAAACAAGUAGCGAACAACGAGAACUUUCAGAAGCUGAUGAACCGGUUGAGGAUAUGGGUCAAUGAUCCGGAAUUUGUUGGGCAUCCUAAGCUGGCCUACCUGAAGACUGUGGUCCUGAACCAUUUUAUGGAUGCCGGAGAAGGACAACAAGGCAGCGGCAACGUCACACAACGACCAAGCACCAGGAUCAUGGUGUUUGCACAUUAUCGGGACAGUGCCGAGGAGAUUGUGCGAGUGCUUAACAGACACGGACCGUUGAUCCGAGCGCGCGUUUUCGUCGGGCAAUCAGGCACAAAGGGGUCGGAGGGAAUGGAUCAAAAGACCCAAAUGGACGUGAUCCAAAAGUUCAAAGCGGGCACAUACAACACGAUCGUCGCUACUUCGAUCGGCGAGGAAGGCUUAGACAUAGGCGAGGUCGAUCUCAUCGUUUGCUAUGACUGCUCCAAGUCACCAAUUCGGAUGUUGCAGCGCAUGGGGCGGACGGGCCGGAAAAGGGCCGGAAAGAUCGUGCUGCUGCUGAUGAAAGGAAAGGAGGAAUCAGACUACUAUCAAGCAAAAGACAAUUACCAGAAGAUGCAGGCCAAGAUCGAAAGCGGCAAAGAGUUUGAUUUUCGGGAGGAGGAAUCGCCCAGGAUUGUUCCAAAGGACAUUAAUCCCGUGGUGGAUAAACGGGUGGUUGAAAUCCCAAUUGAGAACACCCAGAAUGCGCCUCUCGAGCCGACGCGGCGGAGGGCCAAAAAUCUCAAGAAGCCCGCGAAGAAGUUCCAUAUGCCUGACGGCGUUGAGACCGGGUUUUCCUUCCUGGGAAAGAAUGGCAGCAAAAAGAAAAAGGAAGAGACCGCCAAGAAGAAAACGGACCUGGAAAUUGCGGCACUUCCACCUCUUGAGGAAGUCUCGUUGACAGCAGAGGAAGAGGACACCCUGGACCAGAGAUACGUUCGACUCGCUGGCAUAGAAGACGAAUACAUCGAAUAUGUCAGAUUCGGAGCGUUCCCAGAGCAGCAACGGCGACUGGGCAGGACCAAUGCAGUCCAACAUUCCCGAGCCACAGAGUCUCUCGUUAGGGCUCUAAAGGCUAUGCGCAAACCUGAUGCUGAAUGGGAGCGUCCACGGGAUUACGUCGAAGUCGGAGAGCCCCAGGACUUCAGCCCGGACAAAACAGCCAAGAAGAAGCGUAAAGCUCAAACGUCAGAGAAAAAGCGAAGCAAGUGCUGUCUACCGUCUAGUAGAACAAAUACCACAGUAACAACCAGAACAGGACAAAAUGUCUCAUCAUCGACUACUAAGAAGUCUCGUCCUCGUCCGCGUCCUCACGGAUCAACAACAGAGAUAGACCUCCUCAUCCGGUCGUCAAGCAAGGCCGGCGGCUCUUCGCCCAACCAGUACGACGGCAACGACAGCUUCAUCGACGACGACAGUGACAACGUCGACAAGGAUGACGAUGAUGACGAAGAUCCAUCCCCAUCUCUCCAGUCUCUUCCCGACCCAUUUUUGGCAUCACCGAUUCGUCGAAAGAACCAGAUUCUCCUGUCUCAGCAAAGUAUUGACUAUGAUGGGAUGAGCCAAGAAUUCCCCGAACUGGAAGCCAUUCUUGGUCCUGGCAUUGGCACAAAGUCCAAGCCUACCGUGCUGAGUGCAUCUCCGGAUAUGUUACCACGCCCACCGCCUCGGAUCAAUAAUACCCGAAAUCGGAGGGUCGUGGACAGCGACGACGAUGACGAGUAACGACUUACACGGACGAUAGUAUUACUGGAUGAGUUUGAAGGGCAUAGUAACCGCCCCAAAGGAGUCUGGAUCACGAGUUUCAAUGGGAAAGUAACAUCUCUCGGCCUCGCACAGCCAAAAUGGGGAAAGAACCGAACGCCAGGGGUUCGACAGGUGAUAGCGUCGAGGAUAUUGGAAGUGCCAGUUGAUCCGAUCCUUCUAUUUCUCGGUUUCUUCUUUGCAGUGUUCUUUAUUUUCACUCUCUCAAGCGAGAUGUCUGGAAAGCGCAUGAGUAAGCCGGGUAGACAAGGCGAGGCAGUCCCACUGGCACCUCAAGUGCCUAUGUCGACCGGUUGAUUGGUACCGACAAGGACGACGACGACGAUGACGAUGACGAUGAUCCAGGAAUACCUAAUAAUGAAUUCCUCAUCAUUACCUUAUGCAGUGAUUUGAUUACUUGUACUCCAUUACGCCUGGGGCCUUGUGUAGGCGAAAGAUCCUCAGAAGGAACCCGAGGUCUAGACCUGAAACGGGAAGUACAGUAAUAGUCCGGAGCGACCAUUCCCAAGCAGUGCCCUGGUGUCUCCAGUGCCUUGGUGUCUCGUAUGCUACAUAACUGCAACAGACAAUCCGGUAGAAGCCAUGGUAUGAUGAUUACCAGGCGAACAAGAACAAUCAGAAUAGCAUGGCCAAAAAAAG